GAUUCUGGUGCCGACACGUCGCUAGUUGCGCGCGGCGUCCUCGACUCGAUUAGCCAGGCUGGCAAGUCGGUCGCUGUCCAGGCAAUUCCUCCGGUGCGGCUGAGUCCAGUAGGAGGACGCGAGGUGGUGGUACAGCGCAUGGCGACGUUUAGCGAGAUCGUCCUCACUACGUCUGCCGACCCUAUAAUGUUGCGCAAUUUGGCCUGCUAUGUCGAAGAGGCCAACUCGAGAACGGAGCUGACGGUGGGCCGCCCUAUCAUGAAGAUCCUCGGUUACUCCACGGACAAGCUACUGGAUCCAGGGCCGGGCGCAGAGGAGGAAGACAUUGAGCGACACGAGACACGUACAGCGCUACCGUGUUUGCAGCCGACGAAUCUGGCAGAGGUGACCCGCUACCUGGAGGCCAAGGUAGAGAUAGCAACGAGGAUGGGAUUGACACUCGAUGACUGCACCAAGCUUCGGGGCAUCCUGCAGAUGCGAGCGGAUUCGUUUCGGCUCGAGUUCGGCCACGACCCACCUGUCCGCGUAGCGCCAAUGCAAGUCAGGCUGAAACCCGGAGCGACGCCAAUUCGGGCGCAGCCCCGCCGCUAUUCACCAAACGAUCGUGCUUUUUUGGACAGACACACGUCCACAUUGAUGAAGCACAGACUCAUCUACAAGAACCAUCGGAGUAGCUGGGCCUCUGCA